GGUCUAUUUGCGUAUUGGGAGUUAAUAUGGAUGCCUUGUUAAGCCUGUUCACUGCUUAUGUAAUCGCGUUCUAACACAUGAUCUUUUUUCAUCGCAUCGUUCUCCAGAACUGAUGAACCAUCGUCUUGUCAAACAUUAAACGGAAAUUCGAGUUUCUUUCGUCUUCUAUCCAUUAUCACCAUAAGUCUCAAGCCACUUCUACGAAGUUAUAGUAACCAUGGCAAGCAACGGAGCGCUAGUAUGGAUUGAUUGCGAGAUGACAGGUCUCAAUCCCGAUCAAGAGGAAAUUAUCGAGAUUUUCUGCAUCAUUACCACAGGCACGCUAGAUGUCGUGGACGAGAAUGGCUGGGGAAUAGUCAUCCACCAAUCGCAGGAGAGGAUGGACAAAAUGGAUGAGUGGUGCACCCGUACACAUGCGAAAAGUGGCUUAACAGCAGCGGUGGUGGCAUCAACAGUGACGCCGGAACAGGCGGCAGACGAGCUUCUCGCAUAUGUCAAGAAGCAUAUACCAGAGCGAGGUGCACUACUAGCCGGCAACAGUGUCCAUGCGGAUCGGGCAUUUCUUCGAAAAGAGCCUUAUAAGAAGGUAGUCGACUAUCUGCACCAUCGGAUCCUAGAUGUUAGUUCUCUGAAGGAAGCUGCACGACGAUGGUGCCCUAGAGAGAUUAUACGGAAUGCGCCAACGAAACAAGGGUUGCAUCAGGCCAAAGAAGAUAUUCUAGAGAGUAUUGCUGAAGCCCGAUAUUACAAGGAUGUCAUUUUCAACGGCGCCAGAUAGGAUAGUAGAAAAUGGAAUUGUGGGACUAGGGUUUGCCAGUUCAAUAAAGUAGAAUCGGUGCAUGAAUUGAUUCUCCCAACUUAGGUAUUCAGACGAUUCGAUCAGGUUCCAAGUAAGAUUGAUGCUAUUCGGGACGAUAUUGACGAAAGUGGCUGACGCGGUAUCGGAUGAGAUGCGAUGCGAUAAAUACGAAAGUCUAGCAAACGCCUGCGCCUGAAGUCGAAAUCGCGUGGCAGAUUGUUUGGCUCACAAUGGCCGCCUCAUAGCCCUGUCUAGAACGUAGCAAAUGCGAGGUGACCAUGAUGAUUGAUAGAAUAAUUGAUGCUUUCCA